AAAAACAAGCCCUGGAAUUCUGGAAAUCACACAAAUGUUAACAGUUGCACGGGAAGCGUGGCCUCGUGAUCAUAACUGUACCACUCACACACGACGAGGGGCGGAAUAAGUGGGCAUGUUGAUAACUGUACGUGACGUCAGUCGUGUUGCGCAGCCGCAGCUGUGAGGGCGAAGAUGGUGCUCAUCAAAGAAUACCGCGUUGUCUUACCAUGCACCGUAGAGGAGUACCAAGUGGGACAGCUGUACUCUGUGGCUGAGGCCAGUAAGAAUGAAACAGGAGGAGGCGAAGGCAUUGAAGUGUUGAUGAACGAGCCUUAUGAGAAAGAUGGAGAGAAGGGACAAUACACACACAAGAUCUACCAUCUCAAAAGUAAAGUGCCCGGCUUUGUGAAGAUGAUCGCACCGGAAGGAUCUCUGGUCUUCCAUGAAAAGGCAUGGAAUGCUUACCCAUAUUGCCGAACAAUUGUAACGAAUGAAUACAUGAAGGAUGACUUCUUUAUCAAGAUUGAAACGUGGCAUAAACCUGAUCUUGGAACAAUAGAAAAUGUUCACAAGUUGGACAGUUCUACAUGGAAAUCAGUGGAGGUGAUACCCAUUGACAUUGCAGACAGAGAUCAAGUAGCCCAUGGUGAUUACAAAGCAGACGAGGACCCUGCACUCUUUAAGUCAACGAAGACAGGCAGAGGACCAUUGGGACCUAACUGGAAGAAAGAGCUGGUCAGUAAUCCUGAGAGCCCACGUAUGUGUGCCUACAAAUUGGUCACGGUUAAGUUCAAGUGGUGGGGCCUGCAGACCAAGGUCGAGAACUUCAUUCACAAGCAAGAGAAACGGAUCUUCACUAACUUCCACCGCCAGCUGUUCUGCUGGAUUGAUAAGUGGGUGGACCUCACUAUGGAAGACAUUCGGAGGAUGGAGGAAGAGACACAGAAAGAGCUUGAGGAGAUGCGCAAAAGGGGUUCAGUGCGAGGCACAAAGGCAGCAGACGACUAGCUUCGUCGGAUUUAGGUUCAAGCGAUGUGGUCUUCGCAGACACGGUCAAGUGCGAGGAACCAGCGCUGCUGAUGAAUGAAAGCAACAUUCCAAACUCGACUGACUACAACGACUAUAGGAGAAGAAAAGCUGAAGACUGGCCUUCAUCUACGGCAUUCACCAGUCUCUCACCAAAACCCAGAGAGCUUAUUAUUGAUAGAUUGAGCAAAUCAACUGCUCUGCCCCCAUACUGACCCAAUCACACUCUCUCUGUGUCAAGUGAAUAAUCGAUGCUUUUAGAUUUAGUAAGGACUAUUUUCCCCCCAGGGCCUUUACCACAAGAGCCUUUCCAAAGAAAAACAAACAGCUCUCAAAAGUGUUUGAGGUUUGGCUGUGAAAGAACAAAUUAUGCAAAAGUAAACAUGUUUUUUUUUUCCCUCUUGGCAUGCGUUUUUAAUUCCAGGCUGAAAGAAAUUAAUCUUGAACAUCCUGAUUCUUGUUGCCUCUCCACACAGUCACCACUUUAAGACAGUUGUUGCACCCGCCCCCUCCUUUUUUCUUUUUUCCCCUCGCUUAGUUGGCGCUGUUUUUCACUGUCUUACCUUAAAGGCAGAGUUGAUCCUGUCAGUUUGUUGGCUCUACUCCUGUCCCAUCCUGCCUUGGCCAUUACCAAGAAAUAAUCCCUGACCCAACGUCUGCGAGCAUACCAUUCAAUAGUAAACACUUUGCUUCAGAGUACUGAACCACAAACACAUCGGCAUGCACAUGAACACGAACACACACACACUCCCAGGUGUGGAUGCCUUUGUGGUGACAGGUCUUUUAUAAGCUUUAUAGGAGCAAAUCUGCACACGUUGUGUCUGUUACAGUUGUGUUAUUUUGUUUCUGCUUUAUUCGUUUUCUUCUUCACAUGUGCCUUUUAAGAGAGUAGUAUAAAUCACUUUCUUUAAUGGUGCUGCUAUACGAGCGACAUGCUAUUCACCAUUACACAUUUCAUCCUGAUCUUUGUCCCAUGUAGAGGGAUUCCUCCAUAGUUUUGGAAUGCAAGUUUCCAUCAACUAUUUUGAAUUUGCCUCACUGGUACUAUAGCGUCUUAGGCUCUGCUCUGGUGCUACAGAAUACUAUGACGACCCUAUAGAGCAAUGAGAUGCUUAGCUUUAGGUGUAACCGAAGCCAGUUUAAAUGAACUAGUAUGUGCUACAACUGCAGUGCUCAGGUUCCAGAUAUGGUAUCAACCUCCAACAUAUAAAGUCUGCCCAUUAUUUUCUCAGGGGCUAACCCAAGCCUUCACCUGAAUCCUAAAGCCUAAUUUUCUAGACAGUUCACAUACUGUGUCAAGUUGCCUUAAAACGAAGUUACUAGAGCUUCAACGGAGAUACCUAUGUGACUUUGAUGAGCUUGUUAUUGCUUUUGUUUGUGGGUUUUUUAGUGAAUGCCAUGUUUUAUUUGUUUUUUUUGUACCUCAUAUAGUCCACUUUGAAACCAACAUUGCCUUUCUUGCAAUCAAUAAGCACAAUUCACGCCAAAGGCCUGGCUGAUGAUGUCCUCCUGGGGCCUCUUAAUUGCAAUGUCAUUCUCACCAUUUUUCUGCUCAGAGAAAAUGUGUGAGUGGUUACGUUUCUAUCACUGGUAGUGACCUCCUUUGGUUAACUAAGAAAGUAAUGUUUGGGUGAAAAAUGCAAUAAAUAGUCACUGUGCUAACCCUAGUGUUACUUCUCAGGGGCAAUAAGGCACCUCUUGUUAAUUCAACAGCGUAGCACUGUUGCUUCUUCUGAUACAUUGUUAAGCCUGUUAAACUUCAGUGUUCAUGUUCAAUAAGCGGUCUUUAAAUAGUUUUUCGCUCUUAAAUGUUGGGGUGAUGAGGAAAAAAAAAAACGGAUUACUUCUUGAGUUUACAGUGAGUCUGAGUCAGUGAGUCAAUGUCUACCACCAAUUUACAGCUUGUCUGCAUGUACUGUACUGGAAAAUGUGUGUUGUAUUUAAGCAGUGCAAACGCUACAAACUAAAACAAACCAGCUUGAAAGAUCAUGGUUCUGUAUGCAGUUACAUUUAGCACUUGUUCUAGAACAUAUAAAAAUCUGUUACAGACAAAACCUGUUAAGGACCUUUUGAUCCUUCCAUCUGUUGAUGUAUUUUCAAAGAAUUUCAAAGACACUGCUUAAAAAAUCGGUUUGGCAUUUACUCCAUUGAUGUCAAAUAAAGGCAUAUCUGGAGCUGGUUGAUGGACUGCAGCAUAAUCAUGAUUAUAAUUUCUCAUUACUUUUGUUAAUCCACGACCCUUAAAUCCUGUAUGUCUGAAAUUGUACUUUUAAGUCUUUUAUAAUGAUCGUAAACUUCAGGGGAUAUAUUUGUGAAUGUAUGCUUAACUUUCUGUUCUGUAUAUUUUUUUUCUUGGCCUACAAAGAGAGACCUAAAUUGUCCAUUAAAUUACAGCACAAAUACUA